CAGCCCAAGGCUCAGUGUUUCCCCUCUCACUUUUUCUCCGCAUAUUUCUUCUGCGACUCGCACCCAGAGGGAAAGCCUGUCACCCAGCAGCCAUGGACUUGGAAACGAACUUCGAAAUCAGCCGCACAGCAGAGUUCAUUCUAAGUAGGAAUUUCACCAGAGUUGCUUUGCAGUUCCCAGAUGACUUGUUGAAACAUUCUACGAAGGUGGUUAAUUCAUUGAGAAACAAGCUUGGGUCAGGGAAUAAAGUUGGGUUAUUUGUAAUGGCAGACACAGCGUACGGAAGUUGCUGUGUUGAUGAGGUUGGAGCUUCCCAUAUUGAUGCUGAUUGCGUUAUUCAUUAUGGACAUACCUGCCUCAGCCCAACCUCAACUCUUCCGUCAUUCUGUGUAUUUGGAAAAGCUUCCAUCAGCGUAUUCAGUUGUGUUGAGAAGUUGUCAAGUUUCUUUUGGACCAAUUGCAGACCUACUGUGGUUCUUUAUGGGUUAGAGUAUGCACAUGCUAUAUCACAGAUCAAAGAAGCAUUGGUGGAAGCUACACCUAAGGCCAAAGUGGAACUCCAAUUUGCUGAUGUUAUGUGUUCAAUUAUUAAUCCAUUAGAAGAUCAUAGGAGGUCCAACGGACUCCUAGGGCAUUUGGGAAGCUGUACUAGUAACAGUUCAGGUGCAGAAACUGGUAGUAGGUAUAGCCUAGGAGGCUUGAUAUGGGAUCUACCAGAGGGACAGAAAAUGGAGGAUUACAUGCUUUUAUGGAUUGGGCCUGAUAAUUCAGCUUUUGCCAAUGUUGUGCUGACAUUUAAUGGCUGUGAAAUAGUCAGAUAUGAUGCAGCAGAGGACCAGUUAGUGACAGAUGUUUCCCAACAGAAAAGGAUCCUUAAGCGUAGAUAUUAUCUAGUGGAGAGAGCAAAAGAUGCUAACAUGGUUGGGAUUUUAGUAGGAACUCUUGGUGUAGCUGGCUACCUUCACAUGAUUCAUCAGAUGAAGGAACUGAUCAUGGGUGCUGGGAAAAAGGCCUACACGCUUGUCAUGGGAAGACCAAACCCUGCUAAACUGGCUAACUUUCCUGAAUGUGAUGUUUUCAUCUAUGUCUCCUGUGCCCAAACUGCUCUUUUGGAUAGCAAAGAGUUCUUGGCACCAGUUAUUACUCCAUUUGAAGCGUUGCUAGCUUUCAACAGAGGAAGCCAAUGGACAGGAACAUAUGUGAUGGAAUUUCGAGAUUUGAUUAAUUCUUCUCCAUUGGAGGUAAAGAAACAACCAGAAGAAGCACGGUUUUCGUUCCUUAAAGGUGGAUAUGUUGAAGAUUUUGAACUCCAUGAGAACGGAGAUGAAGACAAUGAAGGAAGUCUUGCUUUAGCUAAUGCAACAGAGAAGGUUCUGCAAUUGCGUGACACAAACCCUGGUUCUCUUGUCAAAAGAGUAGCUAAAUCUGGAGCAGAAUUUUUUGUAACUCGAUCUUAUCAUGGUCUUGAAAUGCAUGCCAACAGUUCCUUGCCUGAGCCGUAUUUAGUUGGAAGAAGUGGAAAGGCAUCUGGCUACAAAGACGAAAAAAUUGAGCAUGAAACUUAGUGAUUAAGAGUAACAUGUUAAGGAAACAUGCAGGAUUGAAGAGAGCCCAAUUGGCAUUCAAGGUACUGUGUUUGGACCAAGCUUGGUCAGAUGGAAAUCCUGAAGCCAUUAAACUCAUUAGUGAGUUGACUUUCAAGGAGUGGCAAGGAGAAGUCCAACCCUGUACUAACAGCAGCAUAUUGGGUCAGAAUUUCAAGCUCUUUUUUGAGUGUUUGCACUGAUGUCCAGCACCUUUGGUCUGAGUAUGGCUCGGUGCUUAGUUGAUCGGUCUCUUGUUUCACAAAUGUAUUGGUCAAGUACAGUUUUCUUUCAUAGUAAAAAAAUGCUGAGGCUGGUUGGUUCCAGAAAAACUUCAUUAUUCUUAUAGUAACACAAAAUAUGUCAACAAAAAUGUGUGGUUGACGUACUGAAAUUUUGCUUAUCUAUCUGAGCUUGUUUUGCUGUAACUUUGAUGUCCUUUAGAUUUGGUGAAUGUCAAGGUAAUUAAGUGUUAGUGUAUGGUUAGUGUUGAAAA